AUGGUGUCUCUAGUCUCAGUUCGCGAUGUCUCUUCCUCAACGGUCAUUUAUGGGAGGGCGGAGAUGGCAGGCAUUGAAAGUCUGGUGGCUGCGGGUGCGCUCUCAGGAGUGGCUGUGAUGGCUUUGUUCAUAGUAAUGGCCUUCAAACCGCCGUGCUAUCGCAAUACCCAUGUCAUCCCCCUUUUCGUCUCUCUACUGGUGGCCAAUGUAUUACAAGCAAUCGCUUCGAUGAUGGACCUUCGGUGGCUCAUGGAUGGCGCGGUAGAAGCGGGUCGGUUCUGCAGUGUCCAAGGUGGCCUGAAGAAUGGCGGCAAUGUGGCAACUGCAGUUUGGUCAUUCGCGCUGUCUCUGCACAUAUUUAUGCUCCUGUUCUUGCGCCGGAGUAUGAGUACUGCAAUUUGUGUUAUCGUGGUUGCUCUUGGUUGGUCGCUUGUGGUCAUCGUCGUUAUUGUUGGUCCCCUCGCGAUUCAGACCUCGGCAAAGGGUGAUUACUUCGGGCCGUCCGGUUACUGGUGCUGGAUCACACAUAACUAUCCCGAGGAGCAAACUUUCCUGGAGUACUUUUUUAUUGCGUACACCAUAUGCCUUCUACCCGUUACCCUUGCGCGUUUCAUAUCUUUUGGCGGACGUGAGGUUCCAUUUUGGGCUACCGUUGCCUCGGACUUCAUCUUCAAUCUCCAAGGUCUUGUUAAUGUCCUUCUUGUUCUGUGCACUCGCCACCUCAUACCGGACACGGAAACACUGCCAAUUUUUGUUCCUCGCAAAGACAUAGAUCUUUCACAGCCUGAAGCAUAUGGUAUCACUCCAUUCAUUUCAGGGAAUUCAGUUCAAACGGAGAAGCCACUGCCUCACAUUCCCUCCCAUACUCUUAUGUCGUCUAACGAAGCAGCUUUACCCAUGGCUCAUCUCACCCGCCAAGAGUCUAGGCUCAGUCAAUCGACUUCGUCGUCAGUUGAUUCGCAUACGCCGAUGCUCAAAUAG